UGACUAACGAAAGUGAGGGAGGGUGAAACGAGGACACGCAAUUUCAAGCAAUGUUUUAAAGCUGUCACUUCUUUAAUUCACCUGUUUUGUGGUAAGUUAUUUAUUCAUUUAUUUAUUUAGAAUUUACCAUGUAGCCUAAGCUUGUAUGUCUCCUUCACUGAGCUGCUGUUUGUGUGUUGCCGUUCUUUACACUGGAUUUAAGACCUCGAUCAUUCCACAGUACAGUUCGACACGUACGUUAGACAACUGAAGUGCGUAGCUGAAAUAUUUUGAUUACAGAGUUUGACUAUUAAAGAGGACGAAGGUCGGAAGAACGGAGACAGAGUGCGAGAGCCAUACAUAUUUUACUGUGAAUCCUAAUUGUUGCAGACUUACAAUACACUUCCACAACGCUUUCUAAAGCAUUCACAUCAACUGUUCUGCCUUAUCACUUUAUAACUCCUCUUUCUCCUCCUCCUUCUCCUCAAAAAAUAAAUAAAUAAAUAAAAGAGGUGUGAUACACACACACACACACAUAUAUAUAUAUACUAUAAAGAAUAAUACAAUUUUAUAUUUACUUUUAAAUUUACUCACACUCAGGCCAAGAUACAGGUGAUUUCCCUCAGUAGUAACAUCAUUACAGUAAAGAAGAUUUUUUGCUAAAAUGAAUAAUUCAGCGGCUGCCGUUUUAACUAAAAAGCUGUUUGGUUUCAGUUAAAAAUCUUUCCUGCUCUACUGAAGACAAAAAUUCAGCACUUCAUUAUCCUGCAUAAAACUUGUUAUCCAAAGCUACUGAUCAGUGUUUCUUUUUUCUCAGUGUGUUUGUCCAUUUACUUUCUUUUGUCUGGUUUUAUUUUUAUCUUCAUCCUUUUUGCAUCGUGAAAGGUCAAGCAGUCUCUCAGCAUUGUCUUUGAGAAAUAGUAGGAAACUAGUCUCUGUGAAGAAGAGAUAAGGACACAACCUCUAAAAUGAGUUCUCUGUCUCCUGAGUUCAGCUGUGAUCAACAGAUGGAGAAUCUCCCCACUACAUCCGAUGAUGAAGCAGGGACCACUGAGCCCAUUGUCACCAGGAGGACAAAACAGAGACCAGAGUCUAUAAAACCCAGUAUUGUGUCUAGCAGCAGAUCCCUGAUGCAUCCCCCUGAAUUAAGUGGUGGAACAGUGACCUCUGACCCCAGUAUCAGCAGGAGGAAGGGAGAGAGAUCAGUGUCUCCAGAACCCAGUGGUGUAUCUGUGAAGAGUAACAGAUCCUUGUUGCAACCCAUAAGUUUCUGUGAUGAAACAGUGACCUCUUAUACUUGGCAGGAAAGAACUGAAACAGUCCUACAGAAACACACACUGGAGACUGGAGACCUGCAGAGAGUCAAAGACCAGCACAAAACCAGCAUGAAGAACAAGUAUGAGAGAUUAUUUGAGGGAAUGAAACUCCAAGAGAAUGAAACCCUCCUGAACAGGAUCUACACACAGCUCUACAUCAUAGAGGGAGAGAGAGAAGGAGUGAAUGAAGAACAUGAGGUUUUACAGAUGGAGAAAACAGCCAGAACACAACACUCACAAGAAACUCCUAUCUACUGCAAUGAAAUCUUUAAAGCCUCCGCUGAAGCAGGAUCUGAGGAGAAAGAGCAGAUCAAGACAGUUCUUACUAAAGGCAUCGCUGGAAUCGGAAAAACCGUCUCUGUGCAGAAGUUCAUUCUGGACUGGGCCGAGGGAAAAGCCAAUCAGGAUGUAGAUUUCAUGUUUGUGCUUCCAUUUCGAGAGCUGAACUUGAUCCGAGAUCAUCAGUACAGUCUUCACAGACUUCUGCUGGACUUUCAUCCUGAACUUCAAGAUCUGGACUCACAGAUUUAUGAGGAGUGUAAAGUUGUAUUCAUCUUUGAUGGUCUGGAUGAAAGCAGAAUCACACUGAUGUUUUCAGACGCUCAGGAAGUUUGUGAUGUGACUGAGACUUCAUCAGUGGCUGUGUUGAUGUCCCAGCUCAUGAAAGGAGAGCUGCUUCCCUCUGCUCUCAUCUGGAUCACCUCCAGACCAGCAGCAGCCAAUCAGAUCCCCUCCAAAUACAUCCACCGUCUGACAGAGAUUCAGGGAUUCACUGAGCCUCAGAAGGAAGAAUAUUUCAGGAAGAGAAUCAGUGAUGAGCAUCAAGCCAGCAGAAUCAUCUCACACAUCAGAAGAGCAAGAAGCCUCCACAUCAUGUGCCACAUCCCCGUCUUCUGCUGGAUCUCAUCCACUGUGCUUCAGAAGCUCCUGGAAGAAGAUCUGAGUGCAGAAAUCCCUCAAACUCUGACUGAAAUGUACAUCCACUUCCUGCUGAUUCAGAUCAACAUUAGGAAGCAGAAGUAUGAAGAGAGAGAUCCAGAGAAACUCCUGCAGUCCAACAGAGAAGUGAUUGUGAAACUUGCUGAAGUGGCUUUCAAACAGCUGAUGAAGGGCAAUAUGAUGUUCUAUGAGGAGGACCUGAUUGAGAGCGGCAUAGACGUCACUGAAGCCUCAGUGUAUUCUGGGAUUUGCACUGAGAUCUUUAAGGAGGAAACUGUGAUUCAUCAGAGGAAAGUCUACAGCUUCAUUCAUCUGAGCCUUCAGGAGUUUCUCGCUGCUUUCUAUGUGUUUUACUUUUAUGUGAGAACAACUAUGGAAGGAUUGAGGAAUUUUGCUUCAUUACAAAAUUUGCUUAGAUGUACAGUAGAUAAAGCUCUAGAGAGUGAGAAUGGACGUCUGGAUCUGUUCCUGCGGUUCCUGCUGGGCGUCUCACUGGAGUCCAAUCAGAGACUCUUACAGGAUCUACUGACACACACAGAGAACAGCUCAGAGAGCAUCAGGAGAACCACACAGUACAUUAAAGAGAUGAUUAAAGAUGGACAUGAACUCUCCACUGAAAGAUCCAUCAAUCUGUUCCUCUGUCUGCUGGAAGUGAAAGAUCAGACUCUGUCCAGAGAGAUUCAGGAGUUUGUGAAAUCAGACAAACACUCAGAGAAGAAACUCUCUCCUGCUCACUGCUCAACAAUCUCCUACAUGCUUCAGAUGUCAGAGGAGCAACUAGAUGAGCUUGUUCCAAUGAAAUACAACACAUCAGACGAAGGGAGAAGAAGACUGAUACCAGCUGUGAGAAACUGCAGGAAAGCUCUUAUUGCUGGCUGUAACGUGACUGCUCAGGAUUGUGAAAUUGUAUCAUCAGCACUCCAAUCCUCAAACUGUGUCCUGAGAGAGCUGGAUCUGAGCAACAAUGACCUGCAGGACUCAGGAGUGAAGCUGCUCUCUGAGGCACUGAAGAGUACAAACUGUCAGCUGGAGAUACUGAGGUUGUCUGGCUGUAUGGUGACAGAGGAAGGCUGUGGUUAUUUGUCUUCAGCUCUGAGUUCAAACCCCUCACAUCUGAGAGAGCUGGAUCUGAGCUACAAUCACCCAGGACCAUCAGGAGUACAGCUGCUCAAAAACAGACUAGAGGAUCCAAACUCCUCACUGCAGAUGCUCAAUUUUGACCAUGGAAACCCUUUGAGAAUCAUCCCGGGACUGAGAAAAUAUGCCUGUGAUCUCACACUGGAUCCAAACACAGCACACACUCAACUCACCCUGUCUGAAGGGAACAGAAAGGCAAAACACAUCCAAGAUCAUCAGCAGUAUCCUGAUCGGCCAGAGAGAUUUGAGCAGCAUGAGCAGGUUCUGAGUCAAAAGAGUCUGACUGGACGCUGUUACUGGGAGGUUGAAUGGAGCGGAUGGGCUUAUAUAGCAGUAACAUAUAAAGGAAUCAACAGGAAAGGAGGAAGUGAAUCUUGGUUUGGAUACAAUGACAAAUCCUGGAGUCUGUACUGCACUGAAGACAGAUAUUCUGCCUGGCAUGAUAAUAAGAAAACUGAUAUACCAGCCCCUUCAUCCUCUAAUAGAGUAGGAGUGUAUGUGGAUGAGACGGCUGGCACUCUGUCAUACUUCAGCAUCUCUGACACACACACACUUACACACUUACACACAUUCAACACCACAUUCACCGAACCUCUGUAUGCUGGGUUCAGGGUGUUUAAAUCCUCAUUGUCUCUGUGUCAGUUUAAAUAAUCUGAUGUGGAAACAACUGAGCUGUCAAAAACAAAUCGUCUAUAUUUUCAAGCAGUAAGAAACUUAGAUUUUUCCUAUUUUUCUUACAUAACUUACAAAUAUUAGAAAGUUUUGAUGCCUUCAGUGUUGCUUUUUGCUUUUACCUUUUUAAAUGCUGGUGUACGGCUAAACAUUGAGCAAAUAUAUUUUCCCAAGUUGCAGUAUAAUGAUUUAAGUAUUACACAACACCAUGUUUGAAAUAAGAGUGUUAGUUUGUGUGUGUGUGUGUGUGUGUGUGUGCGUGUGCGUGUGUGUGUGUGUGUGUGUGUGUGUGAGCAUGCAUCUUAUGACUUGUGCAAAGAGAGAUCCAUAUUUUUCUCUAGGAAGGUGAAUUUGUUUCCCUUCUUUUGUGAUGAUUAAAAGCACAGAAUGACAUAAGGUGUUUUUUUUUUUGUUGUUGUUGUUGUUGCUACCUUGGCAUGUUAAACUUUAUACUGUAGUUUUCUUUUCCUGUUUUGAAUUUUUUCUUUUCAUGUAACCUAAAAAUGUGGUUUUAUUAAGGUCAAAAUAAAUAACAAGCAGUAUUCAUAUUUCUGAACCUACAUGAUGUAAGCAUCAGAUCAGGUGAAAAUGUCUCUUUAAUGCAACAUCUGCACAGUGUGACACUGAGUUACUGGUUUUCCUCAAUAAAUCUUUGUACAUGAUGAA